ACUGUGUGGAUCUCCUCUUGGGCUCUUGCUCCCAGGCGCCCCAGGCCUGUGCUUUGCCUCUCUGAGCCGCCUUCCUGAUCCCAGCCGAGCUCUCUGUCCCAUGAGACCUGCCCCUCACCCCUUGCACUGGGGAGGAAGGAAAGGAGCGCUUGGGUGCAUUCCUGACCCCUCUGUCGGGAGCGAACUUCAGAGCUGACCAUGCAUCCCUCCCCACUCCACGGGAGGAUGUGCGCUCACCAGACCACAAAAGAGUGGCGGCCCCGGCCCCCAAACCUUCCCUCCGCCUCAAGCCAGACACCUCUGCUAAAUUCACUAAUUCACCUUUUCCAUUUCUUUCUUUCUUUUUUUUUUUUAAGCAGUUGCUAUUCCCUUUCCAAUGUUCUCAGUCCUCACGGAUCUACAACCGUAACCAUGGUGACACGAGUUGAGGUUGGCUCCAUCGCGUCCCUGACAGUGGUGCCAGGCCUCGGUGACAUCAGCAAGGAGGAAACCCUGAAGCGGACGUACUUCUGCCAGACCAGCGACACCUCUGGGACCCCCUUGGCCCGGGUCCGGGAAGGGAAAAGUGUGCUCAGGAGCUCAGCCACCUCGUUCCCUUUGCCCAGACUGGCCCCGAAACCCUUCUCCAAGGGGCCUGCCCCCGACGGCAGAGGCCUCAACCUGUCUGUGCAGCCCAGGCCGGACAGGGGUGCCUCUGCUGGCAUCUUUCACCUGGUGGCCACGGAGAACCUGGAAGACAGGAUGCCCAGCUUGGUGGGGCAGGAGGCAGGUGGCGACGAGGCUGCGAGGAACGGCCCACGUGGGGCCGGCAAGGUGAUGGACCUGUGGCCCAGCCCCAGCCCUGUGACUCUCUUUGAAACCAACAAGGCCAGCCCCACCCUGGGGACAGGGGCCAGCCAGAGGAUGUGGGAGACCAACGCGGGUGUGUCCCAGGAGCCUCCCUCCAGCUGCCGGCCCGAGGUGGCCCCCAAGCCCACCUUGCCUUCCCGGAAGCCCCCUGGGACCCUUCCCCGACCGGCCUCCCUGUGUCAGGACACGAGAUCCACCGCACUCCCAGAUGAAGCAGGCCAGGGCCGGCCUCUGCCAAAGGCCUGCAGCAUGGAGGACACAGCAGGACACGCCCCGCUGGAGCCCAGGCCUCGUACCAAGAGGAGGCCAGUGUCGGCCAUCUUCACCGAGGCCCUUCAGCCUCUGAGGCCAGGCGCAGAUGGAGAGGCCGUGGGGGAAAAGGUGGCUCCUGAGAAGACGUGGGUGCGGAAGCCCAGGCCCCUCUCCAUGGACCUCACAGCCAAGUUUGAGACCAGGGAGGCCCUGAUGAGGAAGGGGGCCGAGGAGGGGACCAGGGCACAACUCCAGGGGCCACAGGAGACCGACCUGGAGCCCAGGGUGGACGGGGCAAACGCCGUCCAAGCAGAAGCCCUCCCACAGGACCCGGACUCAGACUUCCUGCAGGUGGCCAGGAAAAUCCACGAGCAGAAGGACCAGGGGGCAGAGACAGCCCGGCUUGUUCCCAGGGAGGAUCGGGGUCCUCAGGAAGAGAGAGUCAGGCCAGACCCCAAGCCAGAGAAGGUGCCUGAGGCCCCUUUGUCCAGGCCAGGAAGAGGCCUGGGGCCUGUGGAGGUCAAGAGCGGAGGGGCCGACCAGGGGCCCUCAGAGGGGGCCCAGUGGACAUCCAGGGGCAGCGUCAAGAAGCGUCUCAGCCUGUUUGAGGAGGAGAGCUUCCUGGCCUCGGCCUUGGGAUCUGAACCCUCCGCAGCUGCCUCCGAAGCCCCAGUGGCAGUGCCAGAGCUGGAAAAGGCGGGUGUGAGUGUCCAGGCGCGGAUCAAAGGCUGGGCCGCCAACAGCACAGAGGGGAAGCCGGAGAUCAGGAGGGGGACGCUCCAGGCGCGGCCUCUGUCGGCGGAUUUGACCAAACUGUUUUCAAGUUCAGCUCCAAGCAGUGAGGUCAGACAUGAGAAGUGCGCCACGCAAAGUAGCGAGCUUCCCAGCGAGCAGAGAGAAAAGCAUGGUUCUUUUUCUCCUGCCCCAAGAAGCCCCUGGAAGCCCGGGGUGCCCCAGAGGACAUCUGGGCAGACGGAGAACAAAGGUGGCUCUGGCCAGGACCCCAGUGGCCGUCGGGGAGAAAGCUCAGUCCCUUCUCAAGUUAGUCCCGAAGACGACGGGAGCUUCCAGACUGUGUGGGCCACAGUGUUUGAGCAUCACGUGGAAAGACACACGGUGGCCAGCCAGUCCGGACUGGCCCCAGCGCCUCGUGAAGUGACCAACGUCUCAGAGCCCAGAGUCAGGCCAGAGAAGGGCGCCUGGAGCGAGCUGGACCAGCCAGAAGUGACGAGCCCCAAGAGGGAGAGCGCCAGGUGGCCCGAAAGCCCCGAGCUGGGGAAAAUGGGACAGGCAUCCCUGAGGCAGCGGCCAGCACCCGUCAUGGAGCGACAGGCCUCGGCCCAGAUACCCAGCCUCGACCUCCCCGUCACGCACACGGACGGCGCCCCCUCCUCCCGCAGGGUCGAGCCCAGGUACGAUGUCCUGCACACCAGCGGGGAGCGAGCGCACAGCGAGGCCAUCACCACCGCCCUGGAGGACACAGCAGUGACCCUGCACAGUGGCAGGUCCCAGCUGUCGCUGCAGGACCGGCAGCCAUCCCAGGAGGCUUUCCCAGUGAAACAUAGCCCUAAAGCCCACGUGGGGUCCGUCCAAAGGGCCAGCUUGAUUUGGGGAGCUCGAGGGCAGGAGGCCAGCGGGCCUAAGCCCAGCUAUCGAGAGCCAAAGGACACUCUUGGUGACAAUCGCCUGUCAACCAGAGGGAUGGGCGGGGCAGUGGUCAACUGGCAUAAGCCCACUGCAGGGGUCUGCGAAGACCCCUGUCCUAAAACCACGUCCUCGAGGGCCAUCAGUGAGGCCAAGCACCAGGGCCCCAUCAGGAUUGGAGACAGGCCAGGAGGCCACACUGACGGGGGUCCAGCUCGGAGUGGCCCCUCUUCCAGGCCCGAGGUCGAGCCCCAUGACUCCCGAGCGCGGGUGUGGCCAGACACGUUGUCUGUGCACAAAGGGACUCUGGUGGCUGCCAGCGAGGGGGACCCCAGCCCGAGCCAGGUGCCAGAGCCAGAGGCCAGGAUGAGGAAGGCUGGCUCGGCAGACGUCAGGGUGGACAGGUGGAGGCGGCGGACUUUACCUCAUGACACCAAGUUCAGCCUCCUUGCCCCAGAGAACAGUGGCAAGGCGGAGCAGAGACAGACAGACACCUUUACCCACACGGCUGCGGCCUUAGAGAAGCCUCCUGUGUCCCCCUGCGGAGCAGGGACCCAGGAGGUGACCUCAGGUGCCUUGCAAGACCGAGCCUGCCCCAGGGGGAAGCCAAGGUCACCUGCAGAACCCAAGGCCACGUUUUUUGCCCUGACCUAUCAGAUCCCGGAUAGGCAAAAGACAAAAAGCACAGUGAAGUCAGGGCCCGAGCGCCUGCCGGAACGUUCUGGAAACGCCGUUCCACCCCCGUCCCCGCCUGCUUUUCCACAGGCUCCCACAGGCAGUGGACACUGGGCUCAGGGGGACGAGGGCCGGAGGGCAGACCGAGCUUCACAGAGCCCGAUGGCCGUGGGGUGCCCGUCAUCUUCAGGGCACAGAGCUGCCCGUGUGGGCACUUUAUAUACCCCUUGGGGGACCAGUGAUGGCGCCGGUUUUCGGAGUGACCAGAAGGACAGUGGGGUCAGGAUGUCCUCGGUCAGCGCCACCCAAAGUAGCCUGGUCCUGAGAAGCCGGCCCAGCCUGCCGGUCAGGAGGAGAACGGAGGUGAUCAGUGAGACGUUCCCGGGCAAAAUGAGAGACGGCUACAGGUGCAGCGUCCUCGACAUUGACGCCCUGAUGGCCCAGUACAAGGACCAGUCGGCCAGCGCCCCCGGUGAGGCCCAGGAGCAGGACAGUCCCACCACGGAGCCCAGCGGCUCCCCGUGGGAGAGGUCAGGCCGGCUCAUCGGGGCGGAAUGGGGACGCAGGAGCCCCAGGGGGGCCCCCAAAGCAGAGGGUCUCUGGAAACGAGCCAGCGUGGCCGGGCCGGCCUGCAGCGGCACCCCCGGCUCAGGCCCGUGGCCAGCAGAGUCCGCGGGGGUGUCCGCCACCCCCAAGUUUAGCCCUCCUCCAUGGAAGCCGUCACACUUGGCCCCUGCUGAAAGCGACCUCAGGGACAGUUCUGUCCCCGCCGGCCCUAGGAAGAAAGUCUCUGGAGCGGCCGAGGAGGAACACAAGGCCUUUGUCUGCAAGGGUCAGGAUUUCCUGGCCAAGGCGAAGCCCUCAGGCCGGGAGGAUCCCAGCAAUGGGGCCAGAGUGUCCCCCGCCGACCAGACGACAGGGACCCCGAGGAAACCCAUCGCACAGACAGAGGACGGAGCAGCCCUGCGGGGCGACCCCCACCGUGACUGUGGGAGGUCGGCGCUGGACAUCAGGCGGCCCUGUUCAGACAAGGGUGCCCCCGCCAGAGUCCACGAGGGCCUGGCCGUCCUGCAGGGCGUCAAGCAGAGGAAGCUGGCACAGCAGGAAGGGAGGUCCAGUCUUCCCGAGGACACGUCGGAGGCCAGCGUGGGGCCCUGUCGGUGGGAGCCGAGGACUCCAGACCGCCACGGGGUGUCCCUGGGGGACCUGAAGCAGGACAAUGGCUCCCAGGACAAUGAGCAGCCUCUCCGACCAGCAUCCCCUGUGACCGCCGGCCCCCAGAGAAGCCAGAGCUUCUGCAAGGACAAGAGGGAAGGGCUGAUUGUGGACCAGCUGAAGCAGUGCUUCUCCCGGCGUGCGCCCGAAUCCAAGGACACUGACUCCCUCGUGCAGGACACCGAUGGCCACUAUGGCACCUGGGCAGAGCAGUGCCCCAGCGGGGACAGCCUGGCCCCCGAGUCCCCGUCCCCCGACAGCGCUGCGUUGCCAUGGAAACAGCCCCCAAGCCGCCGCCCGUCCUCUCCGUCCUCUGCCACGGAGGUCACCUCGGGGGACACGCACGGCGGAGCCCUGGACCCGCGGAGCACCGGCCACGACCGCUCCAGCUCCGAGCCGGAGUCCACCGAUGGCACCGAGGGGACGUCCCCGCCCGAUGCCCACCCCAGGAGAGGGGACGACUUUGCCUUCAUCGAUCAAACCUCGGUCCUCGACUCCAGUGCCCUGAAGACCCGGGUGCAGCUCCGGAAGCGCAGCCACCGCCGGGCGCCCAUUUCCCACGCCCUCCGGCGCAGCCGGGGUCCUCUGGAGGAGGAGGUGGACAGCGCCUGGAUGUUCAAGGACUCCACAGAAGAGAAGCUGUCCAGAAGGGAAGAGUCGGACGAGGAGGAGAAGCCGUCCAGGGCCGAGAAGACGCCGGCCAGCCAUCCUCAGAGGGUGCCGGUGUUUCCAGGCAUGGACCCGGCAGUGCUGAAGGCUCAACUGCACAAGAGGCCAGAAGUGGACAGCCCUGGAGAGACCCCCAGCUGGACCCCCCAGUCCAAGUCUCCCAAGUCCCCCUUCCAGCCGGGGGUGCUGGGCAGUCGGGCGCUGCCGUCCGGCUUGGAGAAGGACGAGAGGUCGGACGACCCGCUGUCCCCCCAGUGGCUGAGGGAGCUGAAGUCCAGGAAGAGACAGAGCCUGUAUGAGAACCAAGCUUGACCAGGGGACACCGCCGCCUCCAUCAGCAGAAGCCUUAACUGUGACCUCCGACCCCUCAGCGGAGGCCGCUGCCUUCCUGCCCGCCCUGCGUCCUCCCCGCGGGCCACGGACCACCG